AUGUUCCGUUUCGCCAUCAACGGAUCGAUCAAAUUAAAUGUGAUCGUAAGCAAAUGUAUGCGAAAUUAUGCGGCCAAGGAUUUCCUCCUUGCGGACAUUGGGGAGGGAAUUGCAGAGGUUGGAGAUAAAAUAUGUGAAUUCGAUACCAUUGCCCAAGUGCAAAGCGACAAGGCAACCACCGAAAUAACGUCCCCAUAUAGCGGAACCAUUUUAAAGGUGUAUAAUUCUGAGGGGGACACUGUCAAAACAGGCCAGCCUUUGCUUUCAAUCGAUGUCGAUGAAGAGCAAACGUCCCUGGAAGACACGAACAUUGAUCACGAUAGCCAUACAAAAGAUCUUCACCCGGGGAAGAUAAAAAAAUCGCAAAUCCUUGCCACGCCAAGAGUCAGAAAUCUUGCGGAAACGCUAAAGAUUGACCUGGAAAAAACCAUAGGCACCGGCAAUGAUGGGCGCAUCUUGGAAGCCGACCUAAUGGCACAAAACCUUGCUCCAAAGGUGCAUCGUACGCCCAUUCAAAGGGCCAUGUUUAAGCAAAUGCAAAAAUCGCUUUCGAUUCCUCAUUUUUCAUACUCGGAGUUCGUGGAUAUGACACUGCUCUUCAAGUGCAAAGCCGAAACGGGCAUAUCUGUCUCUGCCUAUAUGCUCAAAGCAUUAAGCAAGGUCGUAAAGGAAACGCCGAUGCUCAACCACAUUAUUGUGGAUGAAGAUGUCCAAAAAUCAAACGAAGGAAAUAGCAUAGGGCUUGCCAUUGACACGCCACUUGGCUUGGUGGUCCCUAUCAUUCCGGAAAUCGACACCAUGACAUUAGAUAAGCUUUCCGUAAAAUUGCACAAAGACGUCAUCCCCAGGGCAAGGCGAAAUCAUCUCAAUGUCCAUGAAACCAACAGCAAAAAUGCAUGCAUCACGCUAUCCAAUGUUGGCGCGGCCUUUUCAGAAAAGGGUAGCCAUCAAGAAACUUUGCGCUACGAAAUGCCGGCAAACGCCAUGCCCAGAAUACUGCAUCCGCAAGUUGACAUCGUGGCGAUCACGCGAGCAGUGAAGCAACAAUCGACCGGAAAGAUGAUGGGAAGGGCUUGUUGGAGCGCCGAUCACAGAAUUGUAGACGGCGUUACGCUUGCCAAAGCAUCUCGCAAAUUUAAAGUGCUGCUUGAAAACCCCCAAAUCAUUUGCAAUGAAUUGUAA